AUGAAACUAAAACGGAAUGGGAUCGGUCGGAUCGGAUCAAUGGAUCGCUGCUUGGCUAUAUCAAGGUUAUUGUUUGUAAUCAACGGUGAGCCAACCGUAUUCGCUCUUGUUAUAUCUACAUUCUGGGAUAUGCCUCUUCUCGACUUUGACUAUUAUCCACAGCCAUUUGACACGACCGAUAAUAAUAUCGGCAAUAAGGAUCCAUCAUUGUUAUUCAGUAGUCAAACUACACCAUCCGGUCCUACUUUUACCAGCACCACAGCUACAACCCCAGCUCUGACACCUGGCACAAGAAGCAAAUUCACUGAUAUCCUCAAAAACAGUUUCUCAAAAUUUGAAACAGUACGUCAAGAGAAUCAUAUUCCAUCAAAUCCAGUGUAUUGGUCAGUUGCCCAGACAAAUUCGUGGCUUGAUUGGGCCAGAAGAGAGUUCAAUGUUUUGGAUAAUUGCAAACAGCUUCGAUUAAAAGGUGUCGACUUGUGCGCAUUGAACGAAGAUCAAUUUUUGGCAUUGGCGCCGCCGUAUACUGGAGAAAUAUUUUGGGAGCAUUUGAAAAUGCUUCGAAAAGAUUUCAGCUACUCAUGGCAAUAUUCACCCGUCUCAGCUGGUGACUCAGCAUGCUCGCUCAGUGCAUACGUACCAACAAAAGCACCGCAUCUUAACAAAUCUUUCUUAUUCGGCUAUGACUCGAUACCGUGCUCGGAUCGGCACUGUGAUUUCCAAGACGUUCCAUCGCCUAGUGGCAGCAGUAAUACUCUCGCUACUGGUGAUAACAUCUACGACGUUUGUUGUCAGAACACACAUCAGUUCUAUCCUUCGUUAACUUCUUCAGGAGAGAUCAAAUCAUCUUCAUCGCUCACGACUGCUGGCACAGUGGACAACAUCAGCCCGAGCUGUGGCACUGCUGCCUCACUUAGUCGUCUUCAAGCACCUUGCUCUUCUUCGUCCCCUCCAGCUCGUAUACCAUCUUCUUCGUGCGCAUCACCUCCCACCCUCUCAACUUCAAUUCUGCUCGCUCCUUCUAGCACCACUUCAAUCCCCUCAGCUAUACCGACUAUCUACCAUCAUAGUCAUCAGUUUGUUGGAUCUUCCAAUUAUCUGAAUGCUGCUCGAGCGUCAACUCGCCUUACUCCCUCCAGUUUCGGUUCCACUACAUCCAUCGGUCCAUGCUUAGUGCCCGAGCAGUGGACGAGUGCAGCUGCAGGAAUGUGCUGUGCAAGUAGUUGUCAUGCUAGUAACUACGUCUCCUCGUCCACUGUCUACGCUCAUCACUCGCCUUCACAGUGCGCCUCUUCUCCAGCCUACAUACGACAUCAGAUUCCUUUGCCAUCCUCCACGCUAUCAGCACUCACUCAGUCGCAAGCCGCUCAGAGCUCUUUACUCGUCACCGCGUCCUCAUCCACUGCCGGCUGCUACAGUGCUGCACUGGCACAACCAAUACAUCCUGCCAAUCACAUCACUCAAUCUGUAUCGCCUUCAUCCAGUUCCGAGACUGAACUCGAAUUCACCCAUCCCACACAUCCAGCACUUACUCUGCCAGGCUUAACCGGUCCAAUUCAAUUGUGGCAAUUUUUGCUGGAAUUACUGAUGACUGAGUCGGCAAAAUCGUGCAUUGCUUGGACUGGAGAUGGAUGGGAGUUCAAGUUGAACGAUCCUGAUGAAGUGGCCAGAAAAUGGGGCCAACGUAAGAACAAACCAAAGAUGAAUUACGAGAAGUUAUCACGGGGUCUUCGAUACUAUUACGAUAAGAAUAUUAUCCACAAAACACCCGGCAAACGUUACGUCUAUCGCUUCGUUUGUGAUUUAACAUCACUGUUGCAAAUGUCCGCCGAACAGGUGCAUAUGAAAAUGCAGGUGAAGAAGGAACUCGACUAG